UUUCCAACAGUAUCAGGUGUACUACUACAAGCUCCGUUUAUUUGGAUGCGAACCCUUUUGCAGGCCUUUCGUCCCCCAACUCACCCUCCUCUCCUCCCCGAUCCCUCGCUCGGACUUCGCUCAUGGAGAGCACAGUGGAGGCGCUGAGCGCCGCCUACCAGGAGUUCGUCGCCGCGGCGGCAGGCGUCCUGGAGGCCAAGGAGCAGUCCGGCGGCCAGAAGUCGGCCGCCACCGACGCCGCCCUCGAGCUCUUCAAGCAGCGUUGGGAGCUCUUCCGCGUCUCCUGCGACCAGGCCGAGGAGUUCGUCGAGUCAAUGAAGCAGCGGAUCGGCUCCGAGUGCCUCGUCGACGAGGCCACCGGUGCCGCCCCCGUUCGUCCCCCCGCCGCCUCCGGGAUCCCGCCCAUCAGCGCUGUCCGCCUCGAGCAGAUGAGCAAGGCCGUGCGGUGGCUCGUCAUCGAGCUCCAGCACGGUGCCGGGGCCGCCGCUGGCGCCGCUCCCCAUCCCCACGCCUCCGCCCCCUUCGAUGCCCGGUUUUCGGAGGACGGAGCUCAGUAGGUGCGUCAACCCUUGGCUACGUUUCUGUUGUACUCAUUGCUGUUGGGAUGGUUGUUGUUAUGUUGUAUGACUUCAAGAUUGUUUCUUUACAUGUGAAGACUUAAGAAUGUCAAGUUAAUUAGCUUCAGAUGGAUUACAUUGUUGGUAAUCAUAGUAUUUGAGGAUUGCUUGGUGACGUUAUCUUUUCGAUGCUUUUGAAUCAUUCGAAUAUGUAUUAAAGGAAUGUGCUUUACUGAAAGAAUUGUGUAAAACAAGGAUCCUAUUUAGAUAAAGUUGCAAGUGUAUGAAGGAUUGAUGGCAUUUGUUGGAGCUAUGUUUGAAGGGUUGUAAGAAGUUCUCUUGUGAGUUUAUAUGAGAUAUUGGAAUGAAGU